AUGAGAAGAAGGGAGAAGAAGGGAGAAGAAGAAUAAAAAAACAGCAAACCGAUAAGGAAACGUUUUAGGCAAAUCAAUGCAUUAAGUUAAAUGGGGAUAUUUCUUCCAAGUGAAUUGCCCGCAAAUCACUUUUAAGUCCUAAACCCAUCAAGCAUUUCUCGCGAAUCUGAAGAUCUAAUAAGAACAAGAAAGACUGUUAAAGCUGUCUUCUUGCUACCUUCCACACCCUCAGUCGGAUUCACGAACAAAGUCAUUAUGGACAGCACUGCUCGCAGAAGAUUGGAUUGUAUUUCUCAUCACCUUUUCCUGCCAUAUCAACCCACUCAUUUUCUUCAACCAGUGAGCUUUUCGGAUUAGUCAGUAAUGGGCAAUUGAAAGUUGGAGAGGCAGAGCCCGUGAUCAUUGGUGGUAUGGUAUUGGACAUUCAUGCCACUCCUUUAAUCCCCGCAAGUCCCAGGACCACUACUCCUGGAAUGAUAAACUAUGUAUUGGGUGGUGUAGCAAGAAAUGUUGCCGAGUGCAUGUCAAAGCUUGGAACAAAACCUUUUAUGAUUAGUGUCUUGGGUCUUGACAUGGCAGGAAAUAUGUUGCUGGAUCACUGGAAAUCUGCUGAGCUAUCAACUGAAGGAAUUCUGAGGCAGGACGAUAUCAAGACUGCUGUUGUAAGCAACAUAUUUGAUGCUAAUGGAGAGGUGGCAGCUGGUGUUGCAAGUGUGGAAGCUAUUGAAAAGUAUCUUACACCAGAUUGGAUCCAGAAAUUCAAGCGCAAUAUACAUUCUGCUCCUGUUAUUAUGGUUGAUGCAAAUCUGGAUCUUUCAGCUCUAGAAGCUUCUUGCCAAAUAGCAGCAUUAUCAAAGACCCCAGUGUGGUUUGAGCCUGUAUCAGUUGCAAAAUCUCAAAGAAUUGUGUCAGUUGCCAAGUAUGUAACUUUUGUUUCACCAAAUGAAUAUGAACUUAUUUCCAUGGCAAAUGCUUUAUCUGGUGGAAGCGUGUUUUCUUACUCUUCAUUUGAAAGUGACAACAUAGAAUCUUUACUCCAAAGGCUAAAACCUGCAAUAUGGGUACUGCUAAAAAAUGGUAUCAAAAUUGUUGUUGUGACACUUGGCUCAAAAGGAGUGUUAUUAUGCUCUAAAGGAGGGCCAAGCUUUAUGAGAGUUGGUCACGAAGGAUACGAACAAGAUAUUUCUAGAAGAAAGUUAUAUAAGACCGUGGCUUUAGACUGUCCUAAAUUUAUCUAUGACUCUACAAAGUCCGAGACUCUUCUAUUUGCAAUCCAUUUUCCGGGGCUUCCUGCAUCAGUUGUGAGGCUUACAGGGGCUGGUGAUUGUUUGGUUGGUGGGACUCUUUCUUCUAUUUGUGCGGGUUUGGAUGUCAUGCAAAGCUUGGCAGUUGGCAUUGCAGCUGCAAAAGCUGCUGUUGAGGCAGAGGCUAACGUCCCCCAUGUUCUUAAUUUGGCUGCAAUUGCAGGUGAUGCAAGGUUGGUUUACUCUGCCGCCAAAGUUGUGUGCCAGGAAUCAAUUCUCUGAAAUCAGCUUUUUUUUCGUUGAAGAACCAGGAAAAUCAUUCUACUUUUGUCACGACCAGGCCAUUGGCUGUGCAGAUUUGUAAUAUCCAUUACUUGGGUGGUCAAAAAUCAACUCUUACUGAAAAAUAACAAUUAUAAAUAAUCUUUUAGUUUAUUUCAAAUAGUACUAUAAUUAUAAGUUAACAAUAA